AUCCGGGUCGAUGGAGGUUAGGUUAGGGGUACGAGGGGGCUAGGGAAACGACGAUUACGACAAGUGGUAGAUAGACGGUCGCGUCAGCCUAGGAGCGCGACCAUUGUUUGUCAAUUUCGAGCGUUACGCGAAAAGCGGCAACCGUAUUAACGGUGGUACGCAGUAGGCCGGAAGGCCGUGCGAGGAAAUGAGCGAGAGGGCAGAAGGGGCAGGGACCAGCGUAUGGACACGCGAGAACGGUGCGCACGACGAGUCGAACGAAUCGGGUGCCUGGAGAAAGAAGGAAGUUUUGCUCCCGACGAGGAUGAUGAUUGCCGCGGAUCGGAUCGUUCGUCUGUUGCUCGUCGUGCUCUCGACCACGCUUCUCGGUGUCGGUUCGCGCUCGGAAAUUUCCUCUCGCGAUUGCGCGCAUUCCGCCGAGCGAUCCGCGACCUCGUCCUCGUCGUCGUCGUCGUCGUCGUCGUCGUCGUCGUCGUCGUCGUCCUCGUCCUCGACGACCACCACCACCACCACGACCACGACCACCACUACCACGACCAGUGGAACAAACGCCUCGAUUUCAACGGCGAACGGUAGCGUCGCGGCGACCACCGUUCUCGAAGAGUUCGAGAAUCGUUUGUCUCGUCUGGAGAGAAGACUCAGGGCCGUGGAGCAACCCGUUUGGCAGAUGAGCUCCGCCGAGGAGGAUGACUGGGAGAUUUGCGCGGAAGGUCCGUGUAGGUGUCAACCGGAGACGAAAUCGGUGUCUUGCUGGAGACAGGAUCUGUUAGACGUUCCCGCGGCGCAACUGGUACCUCGGGACGUGUUGAAACUAGAUCUGGGUGGCAAUCGGCUGACGGCGCUUCACAGGGAUACCUUUUUAGAUAUGACCCGGUUGAAUCAUCUAGAUCUCAGUGACAAUUCGAUCGAGCAUCUCCCCCUCAACCUGUUCUUCUCGUUGCACGCUGUCACGCGUAUCAGACUCAGCAAGAACAUGCUCAGAGAAUUGCAUCGAUCGCAAUUUUUCAGCACGCGAAACCUUCGUAUUCUGGACGCAUCCACCAACAGGUUGCGAACGCUACCGGAAACUCUUUUCCUGAGCACUACUUCGCUGAUAUUGCUCGAUCUCUCGUGCAAUCGAAUCGCGAGUUUCAUGCCGGGUACGUUUCGCGGAUUGUCCGGCCUGGAGGAGCUGUUGCUGGGUAAGAAUCGAUUGUCGAAUCUUCCGGUCGACCUGUUCGCCGAUUUGAAGAGUCUCAAUUAUCUCGGUCUGGAGGAGAAUCGGCUGAAGGAGUUACCGAACCAAUUGUUUCGAGCUCAAGCGUCGCUUCGCGAGUUGAACGCGAGGAGCAAUCAACUGACGGAGAUAUCCGCCGAAUUAUUAACCCCGUUGAAACGGCUGCGAUCUCUCGAGAUGUCCAACAACGAGAUAGCUAGAAUCGAUCCGUCGGCGUUUCGAGGUUUGGUCGCGUUGGAGGAACUUCAACUGGGUCACAAUCGUAUACGAAACUUAACGCCAGGACUGUUCUCGAGUUCCGGCAAAUUGGCGAGGUUGGUUCUCUACGCGAACGGCAUAGAGAGUUUGUCCCGCGGCGCGUUUCACGGCCUGUCCAACUUGACGUCCCUCUUUCUGCACUCGAAUCAUCUGAGAAUAAUGCACCCCGAGCUAUUCCAGGACACGCCGAAUCUGCGAAAGUUGCAGCUGGAAUCGAAUUAUCUGUCGUCGAUGCCGCCACGGAUAUUGGAUGCGGUGCAAUCCAUCGAGCAGCUUCGUCUCGCUAGAAACCCAUGGCACUGCGAUUGCGCCGCCUCUUAUCUGGCCAUGUGGUUGCAGAGAAUGUACCUAGCGCGGGUAAACGGCACGAAUUCGACCGAGGAUUUAGGCGUUUGGGAGUUUGGGGCCGGAGCGGUUUGCAGGGGCCCAGGUAUUCUCGGUGGCAAGCUGUUGCUUCGAUUGACGUUUCACGAACUCUGCGAAGGCCAGUGGGCCUCGAUGAGAGGCUUGGUUCCUCGACUGCCGGUCGACCUUGUGGCUGGCAUUGGCGGCGAUGACGCUAGCGGUGGCGCCAGUGGUGGCGUCGGUGGUGGCGCUGGUGGUGGCGGACGAAAAGCCACUUGGACCACGGAUAAUCCGGGACUCGCGUAACGAGUCGGUCUACGUUCUUCCU